AUGUGCAUACCAUGUAGAAAAAGUCACAUAAUAUGUAGGUAUCUAGAAUCAAUAGGGCUUUUUCUACAAGGUAUACAAUAUACUAUUCCUUGCUUAUCAUACUACAUAUAUAGUUACCAUUCAAAAGUAAAUUGGCUGUUUCAAGAUAAAAUUGCUCCAUAUUAUUUUCAAUUUAAUAAGGAACUGCAAAACUGCUCUUUUAAACGCGCAUAUAACCUCACAAGUACGACGAAAAUAUCCAAUACCCGCCAAAAUUCUAACUUGUCACAUUUCAAAUAAUAACCAGAAAUAUAAAACUGCUCGGGAGUUGGGUAAAUACCACAAUUUUGCGGUGAUAACUAUGACAUAUAACAGCUGAUUCGUGACGUCACGGAUCUUAUAACCAAACUGAUAACUACACUCGCUUGAACGGAUCGGUAAAUACCAACCCAAAAUGGUAAAUACUAUUUCCAUUUGGUUAUCCGCUUGAAUUUGAUUUAUGUUCUCGAGUGGGAGUCACGGCUGAACUCUCCACAUCAUCUGGUAGCAGUAUUUACAAAAAUAAAAGGAAGAACAGUUGAACAAAGUGACAAGCCAUAACCACUUUAUGGUCAAAUGAUAUCCAUAUCUGCAGAAGGAUCGAUUGCUGCAAGGUGCUGUUCCAACUUUGGUCGUAGACAGAGCCAAUAAACAUACCUGAGAAUAAUGAAGAAACGAUUGAAACUGAAAAAGAGUUUCAGCAGAGAUAACUACAAAAAUGAUAACAACAACUUGGUACGGGCUGGCCGAGAUGUCUUGUGCCUUGUACUAAGUUGAAAACAUACUAGGAAUAUCAAAAAUUUAAAAUGCUUUUACUGACAUGCUUCUUUAAAAGUAAAUGCAUAUUUUAGUUAUACCUACACCUCAUAAUUUACUAAAUAGUAAAAGCUUCUUGUUUUAUUAGACAUUCACAGUAUGUAGUAUGUUACUCUUCAUUUAACACCACCUAAUACACAUUCAUUGCAAAAACAUGUCUGGGACUUACGUGGUUUUUACGUGCACUAUUUGAUGGUGGGUAUUUGAAUUGGUCAUUUCAAAAACAGGACCAGUGUCUGUGUAAAUUGGGAGGCGUAGGAUAUAUCUCAUACAUACAUAUAGGUAAUUUGGGGUGCUGAAUUUGAAUAUCAUCAUAAAAAAACCUCACAAUAGAGUGGGGCCGAAUUAGGGGUGAAAAAUUUGUAACAAACUUGUGAGAUUGACCUAGAAAACAAGCUUGUAUAAAGGUUAUUUACUUGCAACAAUUUGUGGCGAUUUUUUAUUAGUUAUUGCGAUUAGUAGAAUCCUAUUUGACAAACAAACACCUCUAAUGGGAGCAGUAGAAUUUAUUGGAGGAUUAGAGAAUUUGGGAACUGCCACCACUAUGUACACAAUGACACAUUUUUCUAGCUCUGGUACUAAUAUAGUUUGCACCUCAUGAAUGCUGGGGCACAUGAACCUUGGUAUAAUGGCGCCAAUAGGAUUAUUCUCAUUUGAACUGACAUAAACGAUGCCACAGACUCCACACGGAUAAACAAAAUGUUCGAAAAUGAGGGUAGCUCUCUGAUUCGCAGUUUGCAUUUGUUGUUGUCACAGUGUGGCUACUCCUAUCUCCUAUGAACGAAUUUUUCUCCAACAAAAAAUCCUUAGUGUUUGACAUGUAAAUGUAUAAAUGUGUAUCUUUUAAAUCGGUCAAUACAGUUGAUGAAAGCUUAGAUAUUUCUAAAUCGGUACGCAAUAUUUUGGCUUAACUACCGUCCAAUGGAUUGCACUGCAAGUAUCUUGAAAGCACCUCGCAGAUUUCAAUGAUUCAUAGAAAACUCGGUAAAUCCUGAUAUAGUUGUAUAAGAGGAAUCUUUGUUUUUUAACAAUAAAGAAAAUGCGUAAUAUUACUAUGGAACACAUAAUAUUCCAAGGAAGAAUCUGAAUUUGUUAACAAAAAUGGGGGAAUUUUAACCCCGUCGCAGCUAUUUAAGUUUGCUGAAUUUGGAGAAUGCCUUGAUAUUGACAUUUUCGGAUUGAAUGAUAAUGAUUCGCUUUCAGCAGCCAAAUAGCGUAUAUUCAUGAUUUGUUUACGUUCCACACUGACUCAUCUUUUGUUCUAUCUGGAAGGUAAUAUGCAUAUUCUGCUCUGCCUUGGGUUCUUCAAGUGCGAGUUUCAUUCCUAAAGAGGCCACUAGAAAGUUUCUGUGUCGGAUUCUCUACGUUAAUCAUUGCUAUCACAAUAUUGCAAUGUUAGCAUCAAUGUGAUAUCCAUUUCGUAUUUUUGAAAUUUGCUUCAUGUUAUUUAC